AUGAAAGAUGGGGUGCAAGAAUUGGUUAAUGCUGCCAAAAGGAAUGGUGAAGUUAUCAACUUUGAUGUUCAAAGUUGGCUAAAAAGUGUUAACGUGUUAAUUAAAGAAGUGUUGCAUUUUGAGGAAGAAGUCCGCAUGAAAAGGCGAUGCUUGUACCGGUGGAACAUAAGUAGGAAAGCCACUAAGAUUACACAAGAUGUUCGUCAUCUCCAAAAAGAAGGAACAUUCAAUAAUGUUGCCCAUCCUGCACCUCCACCGAUGAUAUGGUCAACAUUCAGAGAAGGUUUUAAGGAUUUUAAAUCCAGAAUGACACAUGUGAAUAGGGUGAUAGAGGUUUUGAAGAAUGAAGACGUUAGAAUGAUUGGGAUUUGUGGUAUGGGGGGUGUGGGUAAAACCACAAUGGUGAAAGAAAUCAUCAAAAGGCUGGAAGGAUUGAAAGCAUUCGAUAAUAUUGUGAUGGCAGUUGUGUCCCAAAGCCCAAGCAUUCAGAAGAUUCAAUCAGAAAUUGCAGAGGAGCUGGGGUUUAAAUAUGACGAGAAUACCGAAAGUGGAAGAGCACGAAGGCUCUACAGAAGACUCAUGGAAAUAAAUAGCAUCCUAAUUGUAUUAGAUGAUGUGUGGACAGAGCUUGAUUUUGAGGCUAUAGGACUUCCUUCUCAACUUUCUCAUAAAGGGUGCAAAGUUUUGUUGACCUCACGAAACGAGGACGUGUGCAAAGAAAUGGGAAGUCAAGAAAUUUUUACACUCCCAGUUUUAACACCAGAGGAAUCAUGGGAACUCUUCCGUGAAAUCAUAGGUAAACCCUUGGACUAUCCUGAUUUGGCUAAACGAGUCACAAAUGAGUGUGCAGGUUUACCUAUUGCUAUUUUAACUGUUGCGAAAGCACUAGAAAAUAAGAGGAAGUAUGAAUGGGAUGAUGCCCUCAAACAGCUACAAAGUUCAGCUCCUGGAAGCAUCUCUUCAAUGAAUGACAAAGUUUAUUCCAAGCAUACAAUGGAAUAUGGAUGGGGUCGAGGGUAUUUUAGUAACAUUGAUUCAGUGGAAGAAGCAAGAAAUAGAGUGCAUUCUUUGGUUGACAAACUUCAAAGAAGGUUUUUGUUGCUAGAGAGCAAAUGGGGAGACCAUACCAAGAUGCAUGACAUAGUUCGUGAUGUUGCCAUAUCAAUUGCCUCAAGAGAUCCACAUAGAUUUCUAAUAAGAUGCGAUGCUGAAAAGAAAGGGUGGCCAAAGAUAUACGACCAUUGCACAACAAUCUCACUGAUACCAAUUAAUAUUGAUGAGAUCCCAGUUGGCCUGGAGUGUCCAAAACUUGAGCUUCUACACUUAGAAGGCGAACGUUAUUCGGAAAAUAGCAUGGACAUCAUGUGUAAAGGGAUGAAAGAGCUGAAGGUUUUAGCAUUGGUAGACAUGGGUGGGAUAUCAGCCUUGCCAAGGUCACUAGGACUACUGAAGAGCCUUCGAACCUUGUCCCUAAAUGGUUGUUAUGAUUUAACAGAUAUAUCUGAUGCUAUUGGAAGAUUGGAAAAUUUAGAGAUCCUCAGCUUUCGUAAAUGCUCUAGAAUCUUAGAGUUGCCGAAGGAAAUUGGACUUCUUAAACAUUUAAGGUUGUUAGAUAUCACGGAUUGUGAUCGUCUUGAGAAGAUUCCACAUGGUCUCUUAUCGAGCUUAUCUAGUCUUGAAGAGUUGUAUAUGGAAAAUAGUUUUCGCAAAUGGGAACAAUCAGCAGCAGAAAGCGAAGAUAAGAGGAUGGCAAGCCUUGUUGAGGUGAUGUCUUUAUUGUCUAAUCAUUUGAAGGUUUUAGUCAUAGAUAUACCCGAUUUCAACUUCUUUCCAAAAGACUUGUACUUGACAAUCCAGACAACAAUAAGAUUCCACAUAUCCAACUCACUUGGACCAUCGCCGGUUAGAACUCCAUCAACAAGAGCUGGUUGUUAUGCAUUCGAAAAUAAGUUGGAUAUUGUUGAAAGUGAUGCAAGGGAAUUCAUGGAGAUUCAAAUUGUUCGUGUCUUAUUUAAGAAAUGUGAAGAUUUAAUGUUGGGAAGGAUUAAGAAUUUAAAGUAUGUCCUCAAUGAAUUAGACCAAGAGGGAUUGCAACACUUAAAAGUUUUAACAAUUCGGGAGUGCCCCGAGAUAGAAUACCUUGUAAAUGGAGCAAGUUGGACUCAACAAACAGCCUUCCCUCUCAUCCAAUCAAUCGAACUCUGGGGGAUGCCCAAGCUAAAAGCAAUAUACCACGACCAACUUCCACAGAGCUCUUUUAUCAACUUAAGAUCUCUUCAAUUAGAUGAUUGCCCUGUUUUAAAAUAUGUAUUUUCUCUAUCAGUAGCAAGCAACUUGGUUCAACUCCAAAGCUUAAGUGUUGCCAUGUGUCCCCAAAUGAAAGAAAUCGUCUCAAAGGAGCGGAGGGAACAUGAGACAGCAUCGGACAUCAUAGCUUUCCCUAAAUUAACAAAUUUGACACUCUAUGAACUAUCUAAUGAAUUCGUUGGUUUCUACGAAGUCAACAAGCUAUACUCCAACAAUGAGAUAACGGAUGAGCCUAAGGAUCAAAAUGUGGUAGGAACUUCAUAUGAUGAGCAUCAAUCUUCUAGAAGCUUUGAAAGAGUGGCUACUUGUGAAUCUUGA